UCGUUAAAAAGAAAUUCAUUUCAUACCUGAAAAUGAUACUAGUAUUGUUAUUCACUGUAUUUGUUGCCGCAUCAAGUGCUGACUUAGCUACUAUUUUAAAACCAUGCAAUAGAACGAGUGACAUAAACGCAUGUCUCAUAAACAAUAUAGAAGUAGCAAAAUCGGAGAUCAUAAACGGAUUUCCGGAUCUUUCAAUUCCUCCCCUAAAUAAUUUACUAAUCACUCACUCCACUGUAAAAAUUCCCAAUUUGGAUGUGGAUUUUUGGAAUUUCAACAUAACCGGUCUCGAAAAUUUCGUAAUACAAAGCAUUGACUGCGAUUUAAACAAGGAAAUUAUCGUGAUAAAAAUACAAUUUCCUUACGGGAAAGGCGUUGGUUCAUACAAAAUCAAAGGACACAUCUUCAAUUUGAAUUUGGAUAGCAUGGGGGAAAUAAAUGGAAAUGCUACAAAUGCUAUUCUACUAUUCACAAUGAGGACCAAAGUGAUUGAAAAAGGCCGUGAUUUCUAUUUUCGGAGAGUAAGCCAAGAGGUUAAAUUGCAUUUGGAACACGGAGUAUUUUAUUGUUACAUGGAUAAUCUGUAUCCUGGAAAUAAGAUAUUAACGGAGAAAAUGAAUGAAAUCAUAAACGCUAAUAGUUAUUACAUGUACGAAGUCUUAGUUCCAUUCGUAGAAAAUAUGUUUAAUGAUAUUUUAUCAGAAGCAUUUGAUUUACUGUUUGAAAAGUUUACAUACGACCAAAUGUUCCCAUAA